AUGCCGUCGCGGACAGCAGCACCCACCACAAUAGCCGAGCGACGAACCGCCGCCGACGCAAUCAUCCUCCACCAAAUCAACCACCUCCCCCGCAAAAAACUCCUCAUCGUCUUCUCCGUCCUCGCCAUCUCUCACGUCGUCUGCUUCAUCGACCAGACAGGCAUCGGCGUCGCGCUCUCGACCAUCGGCCGCGAACUCGACGCCGAAGACACGAUUAGCUGGGCCGGCACGAGCGCGCUGAUUGCGAAUACGAUUUUCCAUGUCUUGUAUGGACGGAUGAGUGAUUUAUUCGGUCGAAAAUCCGUUCUCUUAACCGCCCUAGCCCUCCUCUCCAUCUCCUCUCUCCUCUGCGGUCUCGCUCUCAACGCAAAAAUGCUUUACGUAUUCCGCGCGGUAUCCGGUGUGGCGAACGGGGGCGUCGUGUCGCUCUCCUCGAUGAUCGUGUCCGAUAUCGUUACGUUGAAAGAGCGGGGGAAGUGGCAGGGUAUGAUUGGGGCGUGUGUUGGGAUUGGCAACAUGGCUGGCCCGUUUAUCGCAGCGGCGUUUGUGCAAAAGAGUACGUGGAGAGGGUUCUUCUGGAUGCUGAGUCCUAUUGCGGCGCUUUGCGGGGUUUUGUGCUUGUUUGUGCUGCCGACGCCGGUGGAUCAGCCCAGGGCGGAUGUCAAGACGGUCAUGAAGAGGAUUGAUUAUGGGGGCAUAUUUUUCGGAAGUGCGGCGCUGUUGCUGCUGCUUAUCCCGAUUGCGGGGGGUGGAGAUUAUUUCGAGUGGAAUUCGCCGAUGGUGAUUUCCAUGCUGGUGCUUGGGGGGUGCUGUGUGCUCGUUUUCGUGUACAUUGAGCACAGGGUAGCGGUGCUGCCUAUGAUGCCGCUAACUCUCUUCAAAUCCGGUCCCGUAUCCGUCAUGCUGAUCCAAAACUUCCUCUUCGGAAUGGUCGCCUACUCGCAAACUUACUACCUCCCCCUCUUCAUGCAAAACGCACGCCGCCUCUCUCCCAUCACCUCCGCUUGCCUCAUGCUCCCCAUUUUCGCUUCGCAAACGCUUUCUUCCAUCGCUUCGGGCCAGUACAUGUCGCGCUCCGGACGCUACGGCGAAGUCAUCUGGACCGGUUUUUUCUUGUGGACCCUCGGCGUAGGACUAACAUGCAUCUUCUCCCUGGACACGCCACUGUGGGCUAUCGCACUCAUCCUCGCUAUUCAGGGCACUGGUGUUGGCGCAGUUUUUCAACCCGUGCUCGUCGCGCUACAAGCACACUGUUCAAAAGCUCAUCGUGCAAUCGUCAUCUCCAACCGCAACUUCAUCAGGAGUCUUGGCGGCGCAGUCGGUCUGGCAGUUUCAGCGGCGACACUCCAGAGCUCGUUGUAUAAUGCUAUGCCGGUCGAGUUUCGUCCCCUGAUGCUUAGCUCGUAUGAUACGCCGCCGUUCGAGACAAUGGAUGAUAGGCAGAUUCGGCUCAUUCUGAAGGCAUAUGCGACGGCUAGUCGGACGGUUUUUAUUGUGAAUGUGCCUUUGAUGGUACUGUGCCUGAUGGGGUGUUUCUUGAUAAAGGAUGAGGGACUCAUGCAUCAGCAGGAGGACAAGGGCAUCGAGAAGACGAUCAGUCGAGACGAGGAAUCAUGUCAUACCGGUAAGUAA